AUGCCCGACAUCGACCCCGCGGCCUUGAGCAGCCGCCCAUCUGUGAAUCUUUCAACACCGACUCUGUCCACCAAGACCAUCACCGUACAACCCCCCGGGUCCCUCAAAACCUCCAAAACAAGCCAGAUCAUUCCCGCCCGCAUUGACCUUGAGCCGCUAUAUACCGCUUUGAAGCAGGCCAUCGGCCCCGAAGCAUGGGUCGUGUACAAGGAGUCAACAACAGAGUUCCUCGUCGGCCGAUUGAACCAGACCGAGUACUCAGAACGAAUCGAUCCCAUCCUCGCAUCCCCGAAUGGCGAAAGAGAACACCUCCAUAAUCAGCUAAUAGCUGCUAUAUACGGCAAUGUCACGAGGGAGAUGCCGGAUCAGGGGCUUGCCCCUUGGGUCAGCGCCAAUGACAAGCCCGCCGCUCCCGUCGGCAGUAAGCCUGUGUCUGGCGACGCUGCGGAGCGUCGUCUCAAGGGCGAUGUCAUGCAGCUGCCCACAAAAGACCGUCGGCGCAUCAAGGAUCUGGCUUCAAACGAUGUCGGUUCCCAUGUUAUUGUCUCUGUCUCCGUUCCUCCGUCACUUCUUGCUGACAAUGGUCUUGCCCAGUUCGAUCCUCACGAGAGCCUUUCCAACGUGUUUCUCGAUAGUCAUAGGCGACAGCCUAAGCCGGCCGAAGUACCGCCCAGCGCAGGAGGCAUUGGCGGUAUCAAUAAGAUGAAUUUUGAUUUGGAAAUUCGCAAGCGCUUUGCACAGCCAUUGGCUGUGGAGUCGGGCGAAUUCCCGGACGCCGCUGUAGUUGAAGGCAGGAUGCUACCGUUCUGCUAUGAAGCAGGACUUACAAGCGGCCAUGUUCAAGAAGCGCCACACUUUAUGUCUGUUGCGACAGAAACGUUCAUUAAGGAAUCGCUGGCGGCUAUAUUCUCCAAGACAAGGAGCAAUGGCCCAGGGGAGGGCGGAACUGCCGGUUUCGGCGCCGGUACACAGUGGAUUCAAACACACAAGUAUCGGCAUCAGCUGGUGAAAGAAGAGGAUGCUGCUCUACGAGGAGAGCUUACGCGCGAUAAGAGCGGGUUGUUACCCAUCGAGUCCAAAGCCGCGAGCGAGCGCGGGCCCCUUGGCAUGGCAGAUGUACGGAUCGCUCUCGAGAUGGCAGACAGCGGCUUGGCACAGUUCCCCAUCAUCAACACAGCAAUAUCGUACGGGUACCGUGAAGGGGAGCUUGAGAACUGGCACGACUAUACCUGGCUUCCAGGCCACGAGCCAAUUGGAUCCAAGACAGGAGAAGCCCCCUCCGUCAAGCCGCUAGCUGCCGAACAGCUAUCAAACGGGCACGUGGAUGCCAUGGAUAUCGACUCGGAGUCGUGGUGGGAAGGCGCAGGUCCUCAAGAUAUGGGCGCUCUUGACUCCGUGCUGGAGUCGUGUCUGGCGGUUGGGUCAUAG